AUGGCUACAGUUGAGGAAGUGGUCUAUCAUGGAACUUGGAGGAUUAUUGAAUGUGUCUCAGUAACUGGAGUUGUGGAGAUAACUGGCAUUGAAGGGACUGAGUUUAUUUUGGAUGAAAAUGGCGAUGUCUCCUGGCAAGUUCCAGAUGAAACAGAACCGAUGCCAUUUUUCAAUUGUGAAACGUAUGAGGUGUGCCCUGCUGCCGGAAGUGAACCUGCUGUGUUGAAGUUUAUAGGAACCUAUGCAGGAUAUGUUGUCGAAUUUAAGGUUGACAUCUCGGAAGAUCUCAUGCUGUUGACCUAUGAAAAAUGCUGCAUGCUGCAGUGUCAGAAAGUCUCGCCAGGACCCCGGAAAGAAGAUAUGCCAUAUUCAUUUUUGAGUGUCCUAGAACAUGGCUAUUUCUCGGAUCUAGUGUUGCGAGCUGACUCUGGAAAGGAGUUUAAAGUCCACUCAAUCAUCUUACAGUUAAGUGCUCCAGAACUCGACUGGACAGCGCCAGUAACUCCACUGACAGGGCUGCCUGAAGAUGUUUUGUGUGUAACCUUACAUUACCUCUAUUCGGAAUGCUUGCCCCGGGGUCUCGCCGAAGAAACUGCUCAGCGAUGUGCCAGGAUGGUGGGCAAGAUGCCAGGCUUCGCCAGAUUUGGACAACUGUGUGAGACGUUCUUGAAAAACACAGCUUUGAUUCAACAAAUUAAGUCUCUAGUCUCUGACAUCCACGGCUGUGCCGACCGCAUCAAUGAUCUGUUCGGUGGUAGCGCCGUUGAGGAUGGGAGAGAGCCGGCUACACUGGAGGGCAGUCUGUGGUCGAGUCCAUCCAAGCUGUGUUACACUGUCCGGCAGGCCCUUCGGGAGGAAGCUAUAGCCUGUGCAAAACUAGUCCUAAUCUGUGACAUGUUUUCUAAGAGGAAGUAUGAGCUGUCUCGUGAAGAACGAUACGAGAUUAUGAAAUAUGUCAAGUCAAGAAUUCCAGUAUUUCUAAGGCAACUUCUGACCCUUCUGACGACAAUUAAGGCUCAUCUCCAGGCAUUGACCCAACCUCAGCGAGCUGACAUUGCUGCUUAUCUGGUUCCGGAGAUGGAGAUAAUCUUAGACACCAUGUCCCGAUUUGCCAGCGAAACAAAAGCUGCCCUGGAGCAGGCAAUAACUACCAGUAAUGAGAAAGCAACAGUUGAGAAAGGAGACAAGGCAGAGAAGUCACGGAAAAGUGGGGUUGGAGAUGUCCUUGGACGCACACUGAAACACGCAUUGCAUCUGAAGGAACUGAAAAAGUUGAAGCAUUUUCACGAAAGAACAACCUCUAGCUUUCUGCAUUUGAGACAGAAGAGGGAACACUUUAACAUGAAAAGUCAGCCAGAUAAAAUCCGAUCUGUCUCCCAGUCUUUGGUACAUUUGGUGGACGAGUUUCCAUCAUUUGUGAUUAAGCUGCGAGAGAUCAUCGCUGCGCUGGAUGAUAAAGUUGCCUGGAAAGAAUGGAAGUAUCUUUUCAAAAUGGCCACAUCUAAAGUUUCAUGGGGCCUCGCCAAAGUUCAGUCGAGCCGCACAUCCUUACAGCCAAUGAUCGAUGAGAUGUGCGAUAUCGUGCGCAGUGAGCAGUUUGUGGCCUCACUCAUCACCUUGGGCUUAAAGUCACCUGCAGAAGCAAGCGGCCAUACAACUUUAGGCAGGGACUCCUUUUUCAGUGCUGGAACCAGCAACAAGGCUGCAAGAUAUGCCCAGCUGAGCUGUGUGGACUCAUUGUGUGUCCCCCCAGCUGCGAGCAGCAGUGCUACUGCCAGAAGGGCCCUCGAACUGUUCAGACAGCGGGCAAAGACAGAUAUGACCUUUGAGGUGAUCAGUUUACAAGAUGGUGGGGAUAUUAUCAUUGAUCACACAGUGUCCGUCAACGAAGGCUGUGCUGGUCUCGGAGGUAAGGCCGUGGUCGGAGGGGAUGGUCUUGCUGGGGGUCAUGACCCCAGCAUCGUAGAGACAGAGGAUGUGGAGAUACAGGAAAUCAAAGCACAUAGAGUCAUUGUAGCAGCCCGCUGUGACUGGUUUCGCCGAGCACUGCUCAGUGGGAUGAAGGAGUCCAUUGAUAGGAAAAUUAUUGUUCAUGACACAAACCCAGAAUUGUUCCAGCGCUUUCUGGAAGCUUUGUAUUCAGGCCAGCUUGACACAAGUAGCCUCAACGCUGAACAGUUAGCUGACAUGAUGACCCUGUGUGACAGGUAUGAGAUGGAUAAUUUCAAGCAAGUGUGUGAGCAUGAACUGAAGUCUCACCUGGAUGAGGACAACGCUUUGUGCCUUCUGAAUUUGGCAGAUCAUCUCAAUAGCCGGUUCUUGAGGGAUUCUGCUCUGAGCUAUGUAGUUGAGCAUCCGAAUGUGACCUUCAGUGAUCUGUUUGAGGAGCUGCCGGAGCGUCUCAAGGAGGAAGUUCAGGAUGCCAUAGUGUGGCAAGGGUUGGAACAAAAGAAAGUGUCCACAAAAGGCCACCUGCUUCAGCCGUCCAGUUCCAUGUCCAGUCUGAGUGACAUCAAUGAGCUGAUUGACAACAUUGAUAUUUCUCAUGACAGGGAUUUGACCAUGUCCACUUCAAGUUCUUCUGAUGACCUGCCUUAUGCUGAAGACACAGCACGCUUGGAAUCAUGUGUCCAAGAACUCACAGAUAUCGUUGGAGAUACAGUUUCUCGGGACGAACUGACCAGAGUUGUCCUUGCUGCUGAUUAUGAUGUCAACAGGGCCUUGAACUUCAUUUUUACGUCUUAG